UACCUAAUGCUAAAUGACGAGUUAAUGGGUGCAGCAAAACAACAUGGCACAUAGAUACAUAUGUAACACACCUGCACAUUGUGCACAUGUACCCUAAAACCUAAAGUAUAAUAAUAAAAAAUAAAAUAAUAAAUAAAUAAAAAAAGGAAACACAAGUGAGGCACAGAUAGGUUAGGUAACCUGCUCAAAGACACACAGCAUGAGUGACUGAGCCUGGUGCUGAAGCCAGUCCAGGUCUCAUGCUUUAACUGAAUCACACACACUAGUUACUACUACACUCUGAUGUUACAGUAAUCUCCCCACCACACACCAACCCUAAAGAGUUCAACACACACACACACACACACACACACACACACACACACACACACACAGAGUUCUCAUUACCCAUUAUUGAUCCAUUUUCUCUGGUCUUCUGGGAUUUGCCAUUAAUUGCAAGAACUCCAAGCUCACACCACCUCAAUUAUCAGCUCACCCCUUAGACACUAAUUAAAUAAAACAUCAGGGAUAAUUUCACAGCCAGAGGAGAGCAAGUUUUUACUCUCAAUCUCAACGUCUGGGGAGAAAGAGCAGGGCCCUUAUAGAAAACAGUGGAGAGGAUGAGGUUAAGUUAAACCUGAGGGAUAAUUUUGAAAUGAACAGGGAGCGUGACACGGGCACGGUGUGUUGCCUGAAAGCUUUAUCCUCGGAAGUAACCUCCACCAUGUCAAGGUAUCUGUAGGCACUCUGAGGGACCAAGGUUAGGGCAGAUCCACGGACCUCACGCACUGCCAAGGGAGAGUCCAGAAAACUGAGUCUCCCCAGCAAGCCUGUUGCAACGGACAGCAGACUCCUUCUAGACUGAGAAUAAUCUCUCAGACUUGCUCAGAGGGUUGGGUUCCAGUAAAUGGUAAGGCCCCAGCGGCCCAUCAGAGGAAAUGCGCUGUGUCUUCCUGGAAUAUGAAGAGCAUCUCUAGGAAUGAUAUCGCAGGGUGUAUCACAGCCUGCGUGUUCAUAGCCUAGCCUGCCAGCAGCCAUGGCCUAAGUGCUGCUGUUAAAAUACUGUGUGGUGGCUGCCAAGACAGAGGAAUGCGAUGGGUCCCAGAAGAAACUGUGGGAAUUCAGUGUGAACACGAUACAACCAGCAGAUGCAGAAGUUCAAGAAUAUUAAAUGGCUUAGUUGAGGCCACUGAGUAGGAAGGAGAGCAAAGACACAGAGGCUGCUGCUGCGGCUCCUGGUUCUGACCCUUCCGCAUCCCAGCGUCUCCACAGAGGUGCCAGAAAAUGCUGCAACAUGAAAAGUGACAACCAGAGCUUCUUAGGGGACCCCCCUAAAGCCUUCAUCCUUCUGGGUGUGUCUGACAGGCCAUGGCUGGAACUCCCUCUCUUUGUGGUCCUCCUGCUGUCCUAUGUGCUGGCCAUGUUGGGGAAUGUCGCCAUCAUCCUGGCAUCCCGGCUGGAUCCUCAACUCCACAGCCCCAUGUACGUCUUCCUCACUCACCUGUCCUUCCUGGACCUCUGCUACACCACCACGACGGUCCCUCAGAUGCUGGUCAACACGGGCAGUUCCCAGAAGACCAUCAGCUAUGGAGGCUGCACUGUGCAGUAUGCAGUCUUCCACUGGCUGGGAUGCACAGAGUGCAUCGUCCUGGCCGCCAUGGCCCUGGACCGCUACGUGGCCAUCUGCAAGCCCCUGCACUACGCCGUUCUCAUGCACCGUGCUCUCUGUCAGCAGCUCGUGGCUCUGGCCUGGCUCAGUGGCUUCGGCAACUCCUUCGUGCAGGUGAUCCUGACCGUGCAGUUGCCAUUCUGCGGGCGGCAGGUGCUGAACAACUUUUUCUGUGAAGUGCCGGCCAUGAUCAAGCUGUCGUGUGCUGACACCGCUGUGAAUGACGCCACGCUGGCUGUGCUGGUGGCCUUCUUCGUGUUGGUGCCCCUGGCUCUCAUCCUUCUCUCCUAUGGCUUUAUUGCCCGGGCAGUGCUCAGGAUCCAGUCCUCUAAGGGACGACACAAGGCCUUUGGGACGUGUUCCUCCCACCUGAUGAUCGUCUCCCUCUUCUACCUACCUGCUAUUUACAUGUAUCUGCAGCCCCCUUCCAGCUACUCCCAAGAGCAGGGCAAAUUUAUUUCUCUCUUCUAUUCCAUAAUCACCCCCACUCUCAAUCCCUUCAUCUACACCCUGAGAAAUAAAGAUAUGAAGGGGGCUCUGAGGAGACUCCUGGCCAGGAUCUGGAGGCUCUGUGGAUGAUGAGGACGUGAGAUGUAGCAUCUCCAUCAAUUAAAGAACACUGCACAAGUCUAUUGUGCACUCAGAGCAUCUUUCACUUAAGGAGUUAAUACCCAGAGAGCUCAAAAACCCUGUCUUCAAACAUCUCACUUCCUGUUAUAAUGCCCCAAAUCCCAUAGCGAUAAAGUUCAUUUUAAAAGUGUAAUUCUAAGAGGCCAUAUGUUUUUAAGCAUUGUUUAAAGAGACUUCAAUAAGUAUGUGUGGAAUUAUUUAACUUCCAAUUUCCUGAUUCUUUUCUCUUUUCCUCUUCCUAUAUUUCUUUUAUUAUCUCCCCAUUUGUCUCUUUUCUAUUACUCCUAAGUAUACACAAGAUGAAGUUGAAAUACAAUCUUAUUUUACUUA